UCCAUUAAUUCACUUUCAGAUUUGAUUAUUUGUGCACAAAACGCGUUUUUAUUAAUCUAGCGUAAACUAAUACUAAAUAAGUCCAUCCCUUUGAAGUGAGCCAUGUCAGCGCAGGAAGCGCGCAAUGAAAUCAUACGCGAAAAUAUACCAAAACUGAUCAAAGAGUUGACUGGUGUAGCAGAUGAUGAAACUUUGAAAUCCUAUGAGCAAUUGGCUUGGUCCGUAAUACGUAAUCAUCGUAAUUUGAGUACCAACAGCCAUGAAGUGCGUCGGAAAAUCGAAGGUAUUCAGGAGAAAUUCGCGGUUGACAAUAAUCUCGAGUAUGCUGAACAUCUGGGCCGUCUAUGUGAUGAGAUCAUACAACAUCCCCUCUGUAUGGAACAUUAUGAAGUUGAUGUGCAUUGGUCUUUGCUUGAUUUCUUAUUAUCACUUGCUCACAAUCCAACGGGCGCAUUACGGCGCAAUAAAGAACAAAUUGGUAAAAUGCUGCAGGAGCAUGACGAUAUUGCCCAAGCUGAAUGUAUGGAAAAUGAAACAGACUACUGGAAGAAGGUUCUGCAAGAUGAUUUUAUACUAGUUGAACCGUUAAGUAAUAGCUCUUCUGAUUUAAGUUCUUGGUCUGAUGAUUUAUCCGAUGAGUUAAAAACUAUUAGUACAGAAGAAGAAGUUGAGUCGCGAAACUCACACGCACUUAAAAUCAAUCCAACUCCUCCACGGGGAAUGGAAAACAUUGAACCUCCUAAAAAAUCGCUUCCGUAUUACAAGUACGAUAGCUCAACGGCAGAGCAAAGAUUAUUAAGCAUGGUGCAGCACUCCUGGUGGGAGAAGGGUAUUAAAACAGUACAUCCCCACAUUGAAAGUACGAAUAAGGAAGCGAAUUUCGCUUUAGAAUACCGUCGUCAUAUUAAAGCUACCACCAGCCAUCGAAUACCCGAAGAACCUGAGACAGCCACAGAGUAUAGUUUAUUACGAGAAAUUUUUUGGAUGUUUCAAGUGCCGCUUACGUGCAAAUUCUUUCAUGUAAAUGGGGAAAGUAUUACAAUCAGAAAGAAUGUAACCCUGACUAGCACAAGACCGAUCGCUAUUAGUUCAAUGCUCGAGGACCAUUUUCUCCCCUAUAUAUGCAUGAUGCAAGAUUUACGCAACUUUAAUAAACUCAUAUAUACUACGGACGAUUAUACGCCGCCGAAUACUCUAGAGCAUUAUGCGGCCAGUUUGGAAUUGCUACUAGCGCCUAUUUGGAAUGAGUUGCUAGCUUGUGAGAAAGAUUUACUAGUGCAACCCGAUUUUGAAAUCAAUACUGUCAUUAGUUUACACCAUAAACUUCGUCCAGCAUUUGCCAAACUUGCCCAUUUGCAUAAUAUACAUCAGCAAGCGGUACAGAGUAUACGCCUAUUACCUGCACACAUCUCAAGUGUUCAUUUGUUGGCUGCUUUAAUACAUUGCAAUCAAAUUGCGACCACAGCGACUGAAACUAAUCUGGCAAUGUCACUAUUUCUGGCUUCAGUAAAAAUAUUUUUGAUUAUUACAGACACUUGGUGGACGGAAGGACGUUUGGACGAUUGGCAUAAUGAAUUUAUUAUCGAACGGGUUGACGAACCGGGCCAAAGUAUACGAGUGCGUGAAUUUAAUAAGAAUAAAGAGAAGGCAUUUUUCGUACCCACUCAUAUCUCUAAAAUGAUAAUCGAAAAUAGUUUUUUCCAACUGCUGCUGGAACAUUCACUCGAAGCUGGCUGUACACUAAACCUAUUGUAUGAAAUCAAUCGCAUUGGCGAGUUACGCAGUGCUUAUGAUGCAAUUGAGGGUAAAUUAUAUAAUGUUUUUAUCGAAGAUGUUCUGAAAUAUGUGCGUAUUUUACAAAAACAAAUUGUCGAGGCUGUAAAUGAGGCCAAAGAAAAUGAUAGGCUAGAAAUUGGAGACGAUCAAAUCAUGAGCAAUGGUAAAGAUGUUGAAGUUGGUGUGGUGGACGGUAGUAGUGGAGAUGUUGUUGAUGAAGUACUAGCAGCGACGCAUACACCAGAAGGCUGUUACGAAGACGACCAAAUACUCAAAAAAUUAACUACAAAUGAUGAUUUCCUACUGCUAGCCUUUACUAUGAAUAUGAAUUUGUCAGAAACUGUAAAUAGAGCUGGCGAUCAAUGUGAUGCGCUUGUGAAAGAUGCUGCGAAAAAUGAACCAAAUGCUUUAGAGAUUUUCGAACAAUUUGAACAGUCCAAACAUAUACUACCACUAGAGGAAGUGGUUUUAAAUGCAUUGAGUCGAAUACUCAAGACACGUAUUGCAUUCGCAAACUCAUUUGUAAUGCGUUUGUAUCUUGAAGAGUUUGAUAUUUUGAAGCAUUUGCGAAAUAUACGUAAAAUAUAUUUACUAGAGGCCAGUGAUGUAAUGCACCAGUUUUACAAUAAGUUGUUCAAGCAGAUCGAGUCUGGCGAAGAAUGGGCGAAUGCAUUUUUAAUAACUACCCAACUAGAUGAUAUAAUCUGUACGAAAUUUUUAGAUAUGUCUUCACUAUUUCGCAUAGAGAUCAACUCAGCAUUUCGUUGUCAAACCGUCAAGGUUUAUGAAGCUGUUGAUGAGUUAUCUUUAACAUACAAUCUAAGCACUGAGCUGACGCAUAUGAUUAAACAAGAAGAUUUAGAUGCCUACAACAAAGUAUUUCGCUUUUUACUUAAAGUUAAAUGGGGUUUAACCACUUUAGAAAAUCUACAAUUUCCCCCAUCACACAAGCGUAAAAUGCCUUAUGCACCUUUCGAAAUGGCCGAUCUGCUUAUGCGUCGUCUAGAACAGCUACGCUUUUGGAUGCUAUUUGCUAUACAAAGCAUACAUUUUCACUUGAUGACUCAUGUGAUUCAAUCAAUGGGCGAGCAAUUGGAUGAAAAAAUCGUGAAAUGUACGAAUCUUAAGGAAAUGGUAACUGUGCAUCGCUCGUACAUAAAUACAGUAUUAGAACAUUGCUUUUUAGUAGACAAUUUCAGUUCCUUAAAACUGGGCGUUGAGCAGCUCUUAAACUUGGCAUACAUUUUACGUUUGGAGUGGAGGAGUUGUGUGACAUAUAUUGAAGCUAAUAGUAAUCCGUGGGCGGUGGUCGAUGUCAAUGAAAGUGCCGAUGACAUCGAUUAUGUUACAAAUUCGCAGAUAGAUGCCAUUGAAUUGACAUACAUACGGUGCCAUCAAUAUUUGGCAAAUAAGCUCAAUAAUGAAGUGUACAUAAAGCAUAAUUCAUUUUUAUUAGGACUUAGCACCGCUUUCAACACCAGUUUGCCAUAUUAAAGUUAGUUUUUAUGUUAUACAAUUUUGUUUAUACAUGUUUUUAUUGUUUUCGAAAAUAAUUAUUGAAGUGUUCA